CACAAAAAAAGGCGGACAUGUAUGGACCAACAAGUCACAGGCGAUGUUGAGAUGUGUUCAACUUCCUCUGCUGAGUUUCACACAGCAAGAGAUGACUAUAUGCUGAGGUGACAGAGUCUUUUUUCCCCUGGAUCUUCACCUAAUUUCAGCAAGCAAAAGGUCAUUAUGUCCAACAACUCCAUUGCAUGUCACAAUGACAGUUCAGGCCAAUACAGCAUCUUGCCUGUGUGCAUAUACUCCUUCAUUUCCACAGUGGGCCUCAUCUUUAAUAUCACAGCACUGGCUUUUUUUUUCCAUAACACCAAAUCCAGGUCACACACAAUCGUCUACAUGACCAACCUUGCCAUAGCAGACACACUGCUCGUCCUCACAUUGCCAAUGAGGAUCUACUAUCAUCUGGGUUUUCCUGGUCUUCCUCAGUGGUUGUGUGAUGGCCUUGGGUUGGUCCUGAAGGCCAAUAUGUAUGGCAGCAUCUUUCUCCUCACUUCCAUUUGCUUUGACCGUUGCAUGGCGGUCAGCUUUCCUAUGUCAUCGCAUGUUCAGGAAGGGAGACGGAAAGCGCCCGUGGUUUGUCUCGGAAUAUGGAUUCUCACCUUCGGAGCCAGCCUGCCCAUCUACCUUUUCGGGCCUCGAACGGAUUCCCACUACUGUUUUAAUAACCUGCCUAUCUAUGCCAUACAACUUAAGGUUGUUUUACCAACGCUGUUAAUGGGGUUUGGCUUCCCAUUAGUAAUCAUGCUGAUCUGUUCCUGGGGUUUGGUCCGUUCUGUCCAAAAAAGCACUGUGGCCCAGACCAAGCUAGUGGACAGCAGAAAAAUCUACAGAAUGAUCGCUACCAGUCUCCUCAUUUUCCUGAUCAGUUUCCUCCCUUACCAUGCCACCCUGGUUCUCCUGUCUCUUGAUAGAUAUAAAAACUCAUGCACUGUGCUGACUGCAUACCGCUACAGCCUGAUGGUGGCUUGUCUUAAUACAGUACUAGAUCCCAUUGCAUAUUAUUUCACCACAGAUACAUUCAGGCGGAGUGUUGAUACAAGCACUGUUCGGAGGAUGUUCCCCAUGAAUAGUCAAAGCUCGGAGUCGAACGGCAAGAGCAGGCGUCCUAGAAAUAGCUAAAGGACUGUUACAAAACCAAUCAGUAUUAUCACCCAAAAAUCCUCAAAGUUGUUUAAAAAAAAAGAUGUUUUCAAAUUCAGGAUACAGGAUUUGAAGCUUAUUUGGAUACCCGAGCAGCACUCUAGUAUGGGUUAUGCCUUAUUCUUAUCAGUGACCCUCAUCAAAUAUCUGAAUGAUUGCAUGAUAUUAUUGUACUAGACAUAAUUGGAAUUUGGUUAAUGCCUGCCACAAUCCCUAACAGGAAUACUGCUUUUGGCUCUGGGUUAUAGAGGGGUUAAGGUGUUAUUUAAUCAGUGUAAGUCACUGUGAUGACUGAAGACAGACCAAUGUGGCUGAAUGUGUCAUGUUGAGUUCAUGUUAUAAUAUCCCACAUAAAUGGAGGAUCAAAUUGUUUCAUUGAUCAGUUUUUUUUCCCAUGGAAUAAACCAAGCACCACUGUAUUUUUUUAUCGAAAAUCUUUGUUUAUCUCAAGUGGAAAUGAAAAACAGAACUGAGAUUAACACAAAUAGAAACGGACAAUGUAUCUAAGCUAGCACUGCAAAGUUUAAGGAAAUAGUCUUGGUAAUCUAUGCAACUAGGGUAUUAAAGAACCAAAUAACUUUCAGCUGCCUUUGAUGGUGUACGUCUCUAACAUGGGAACAUUUUUCACUAUGUGCUUGUCUGUGCUUCACAUAUCUUUCUGAGUAUAAACGGUAUAUCUCUUGCACUCUGUCAAAAUAAAGGUCAAUCAUGAGUUGUCAUGAGACAGAUGUAA